CAUGCGCAGGCAUACGAGCGGGCAAAAGAACUCCUCGAAGAAGUGGGAAGGUAAUUCUAGGUGGAGAGAGAGAGCCCGCGUCGAGCAUGGUCUGUGGUAAGGAGAACAUCACAAAGAGCCAACAUCUGUAACUUUGGGAUUGGCUCCUCAAGACGCUUUCUACUGGAGAUCCCGGGAUAUUUUUUGUGUAAACAUGCCUGUGAGAAGAGGUCACGUUGCGCCACAAAACACAUUCCUUGGAAUGAUUAUUCGGAAAUUCGAGGGUGAGAACCGGAAAUUUAUGAUAGCCAACGCCAGGGUGGAGAACUGUGCAAUUAUAUACUGCAACGACGGCUUCUGUGAGAUGACAGGCUUCUCAAGACCGGACAUCAUGCAGAAGCCAUGCACCUGCGACUUCCUCCAUGGCAACCUGACGGACCAGGAGGCCAUCAACCAGGUGGCUCAGGCUGUGUUUGGGUCAGAGGAGCGCAAGGUGGACAUCACCUACUACCGUAAGGAUGGGUCUGACUUCCAGUGUAACAUUCACAUAAUCCCUGUGAAAAAUGAAGAGGGCGUUGUGAUGAUGUUUAUCUUAAAUUUUGAUUUCAUUGUGGAUGAGGAAAGUGACCACUCCACAGAGAAGAUAAGCCCAACGUCACCUACAAAGUCAGAUCAAAGGAGGAGUAGAUUUGUCCGCUUCCGCCAGGCCGCUUUCAGCCUAAUGAAUACCAAACAAUCUCUCCCGCAAGAGGACCCAGAUGCUGUGAUGGUGGACCCACCCAAAGAGAAUGAGGGCUCAGUGGCCCUGCAGAGCUUCCCUUCACCCACCAAGAGCAUGUGCAGUCCCAUUGAGACCAAUGACACGCAUGGCCUCAUAGACUCAAGCCACAAAUCUUCCCAGGCUAGCGUCGGCCCUGAACCACUUUGCCAUUUGUCCCCUAAACACAUCUGGGAGACACUGUACCAAACAGAGCCACACCAAUCUUCCACCACCCUCUCAAACACCUUCCCCAGAGGCAGCUUCAACAGCAUGAGGCGAGCCUCAUCUGUCCAUGAAAUGGAGGCCUACAGCUCAAAUUCCAAAAGCAUAUUCAAGGAUUGUCAUACCAGUGAAGGCACUUUUAAUCAUGUGAAGUCCAGCCUUCUUGGCUCUACCUCUGAUUCUAACAUCAAUAAGUAUAGCACCAUCCACAAGAUCCCUCUGAUUGCACUCAAUUUCUCUGAGGGGACUGACAAGAAGACUCAUUCUCCGCCAACACCCGAGACAGCCAUCAUAGCACCAAAGGUCAAAGACAGAACUCACAAUGUCACGGAAAAAGUCACGCAGGUGACAAAAGAAGAGCUGGUGAUCCGAUGGUUCACAGAGGUACAUCCAGGUCAACAGUGGAGAAGAGACAUUAAGGAUAGGAGUGAUGGGUAAUUGGACAUUCCUAAUUGCAGAAAAGGGGAGGAUAAUAUUGAGAGCUAAGAGUAGUUGUUUCAGGAAGGGAAAGGUCAUCCCACUGAUCCCUCACAAAAUACAGUAUAUAUUUUUUACGAGCAAGCCUUCUGUAGGUAUUCAGUUUCCUU